AUCUCCCCUCCCCCUGCUGUCAGUGGACUGACCUCGGUGUACACAGUAUACAAUGCUGAGCCAGUGUCCGCUACUUAUCCCUCAGGAUCUGUCCGGCCGGGUGUAUGAUGGAUUCAUCAGUGCCCAGGACAUGGAUUUUCGGCUCAGGGUCAUUUUGCCUGCAGAUUUUCAGAUGCGAAAUGCGAGAUUGGAAUGUGGUUGGCAGUUAACAAAAGCUCUGCAUGGAUAUCAGCAUGUUGUAAAACAGAGAUUACAGCACAGUUCCGAUCUAUCUAGCUUCAUGGUGGAACUCAAGUCUAUAUUGGAUGUUGCUCUUAAAAACCCAAAUUCAUCGGAAGCUUCACCUGCUCCUCAUUAUUAUUCUUGCCUCGUGAAGGACAUUGAUAGCCUGGGAUGGGAUAAGUUAGUAUUUGUUGAUAAUGAGUUCAGUACCCUCAAACUGAAAAUAGAAGAUUCUACAACACGGGCGCAUGUCAUCACUGUAAAGCUGGGAGCUAGAUAUCCAUACAAAGCUCCAGACUGCUGUAUUGACUUGCCAGUACCGUUUUCAGUCUCAUGGACACCCCAGAGUAACUUACAAGAUAUCUACAACCAAGCUUUGUCAGCAUUGGAAUCAUUAAAAGUUUUCUGGGAUGCUUUGGAUGAAGUUGACAAGAAAACCUGGGUGUUGGAACCAGAAAAACCCUCAAGAAGUGCCACCGUGAGAAGGAUAGCCAUAGGUAAUAAUGUGUCCAUUACUAUUGACGUGGAUCCAAGGCACCCCACAAUGCUUCCGGAAUGCUACUUCCUUGGAGCUGACCAUGUGGUACAACCUUUAAAAGAAAAACUCAACAGCAACAUACAUUUAUGGGAUCCAGACGUUGGAUUGCUGCAAAACAUAAAAGACGUGCUAGAAAUAGAUUUUCCAUCAAGAACUGAUUUUGACAAAUCUGAUUUGAUUGACAAUUACUAUGCCUGCAUCAGCACUUCUGGGCUGUUUUGCCAGCUACUCAUAGAUGUACUGUAUAAGGACUUUAGUAUGGAAUGUGGAAUAUGCUAUGCGUACAGAUUGGACUCUGCCAUUCCAGACCAGGUGUGUGAUGAUCCACACUGUGGGCAGCCUUUUCACCAAGCCUGUCUAUACGAGUGGUUAAACUCAUUGCCCUCAAGUAGACAGAGCUUUAAUAUUAUAUAUGGAGAAUGUCCCUACUGCAGUAAGCCCAUCACCCUGAAGCUGCUUAACAAGACAUUCUGAAGCUUUAUUCGGCUGGAUAAGAAGAACAUUUAAUGAUUUAUUACAAGGCAUAUAUUGCACAGUAGAUCAUUAGUAUAAGGACUGGAAUUGCAAGUCCAUAUUUAUAGAUAUCUUUCCAAUUCUGGUGCUGAGAAUUGGGGUCCUCUAAAGAAACUUCCCUUUCUUCCCAGGAGGUCUUGCCUUUACAAUACUGAUGCUGAGAAUUGGGGUCCUUUAAGGGACCUUCUGUUUCUUCCCAGUAGGUUUUGUCUGUUUGACGGAUUGGUUUUCUGCCGAGAGAAAGUUUGUAGUUGGGUGUAGUGUGACCAUUGCCUGUUCCCUGAAUAAAAAUAAAACAGUUAAAUAUGA